UGACAACAGCCAUGCAGCAGCCGUAUGUUCCUCGAAAGAGAGUGUAAACAUGGACAGAGUUAGGGAGAUUGUCAUGAAUAAAUCAAAGUCAGCCAUUAGGAAUGUCCACUUUGCUGCCAUCAACAACCUUCCAAACACACUUGUUCCUCGAUUGAACAAACUGUGUAUUGCACAGGGAUCAGCUCAGCUGAAUGAUUUGAAUGUUGACGAGCACACAAACUACACACACAAUAGCAGUGUCCAGGGACUCCAGAAGUCAUUAGCCGAUGUCAUUGAAGAUUCAUUGGUUGAAAGAGUAAAUAAAUCUGAACUGUUUAGUUUAAUGCUUGAUGAAUCUACAGAUGUUUCUGUUCAUCAGAACAUGAUUGUGUACAUUAGAUUUUUAGAAACUGUUUGUGGUACAUGUACCGCCCAGACAGAGUUUUUAGGCAUUAAACAGUUGGAUGUUGCUAAGGCUGAUAGUAUAACAACAGCAUUGUUAGAGAUGUUGAAAUUGAAAGACAUAGAUGUAAGUUGGGGUUUCAACAGAUGGGGCCUCUGUUAUGACAGGAGUGAAAUCUGGGGUGGUGGCUAGGCUUAGGGAGGUAAAGCCAAGUCUGUUAGCUACUCACUGCAUUGCUCACAGAUUAGCUUUAGGUUGUGGGGCAGCAGCUGAUAAAGUUAGAUAUCUUGUCAAAUUUCAGGAAGUUUUGAAUUCUAUGUUCAAAUAUUUUGACAAAUCUCCCAAAAACAUGGCAAAGUUAGAAAAUAUUCAGGAAAUAUUGAAAAGCAGCCAGGCACUAGACUAAAACAGGUAUUUCACACUAGAUGGCUUAGUUUUGAAGGUAGUGUUCAAGCUGUUGUAGAUAACUAUAGCAGUAUAGUCAGUGUAUUCAUGGAAGACCGGAGUGCAAAGGCCCUGUCAAUGCACAAACCCAUUACGACUUACAAAUUUCUGUAUGUUGCACACUUCCUUGCAGACAUUCUGUCACACCUGGCUAUACUAUGCAAGUCCUUCCAAAGAUCGGAGCUCAAUUUUACAGAAGUAAACCCACUGUUGCACUCCACAGUACAGAUAAUUGAAAAGUUGGCAGACAGUAAGUCAGGUCCCAAUAUGUCAAACUUUCUUACCACAGUACCUACCUCUCCAGUCACCAACACUCUUGGAUUAGUCUGCUUUGAGUUAAAUGGACACACAAUCAGGGAUGGGAUAAACCAGAGGAAGGAAGCAGAAUCAGCAUGUGAGCAGUUUGUGGGUAAUUUGAUUGGCAAUCUAAAGGACCGAUUCACAGAUAAAGGGGAUGCUGUGGUGUUGUCAGCUCUAACCAAUUCUUGUUACGAUGAAGCAGGACGUAUGUUCAUGCUCUCUGGAGUUACCCCCCCACCUGGGGGGACUCAUAACAACGUAUGGAGUGUUAUUGGAGUACCGCGUCGCGUACACCGGGUCACGGGCAACCGUGACUUUGGUGUACGGUGACCCGGUAAAGAAACCAACUAGGAGGAGAAGGAGGAGGAAGACGGACGCGCCAGGGGCGGACCGGGGGAGGUCAAAACCGGUAGCUCAACUACCGGCGGCGACUUUUCCCGUUGUACCCCCCAAGCCCAAGUCAACACCAGUGAGGCCAGCUGUUCCAGCUUUGCAGGAUCCAGUUGACGACUCGCCAGUGGCGGACACGGUCUUUAACCAGGCCCAGAUGGAAUCGCCACCUACAACUCCGACUACUUCAACCCCCGGGAUUCCAGCGAUGCCACCCCCACCCAGGAAGAGUGGAGCUGUAGAAUCCCAGGCCCGUCUUGUGGUCGUUGGAAAACGAAAGGCGAUGGUGUCACCAGGCGACCAACCAGCCAAGCCAAGUCCGCCGACACAACCGCCCCCACCUACUUCAUCUCCAGCGAACGACCAGCCCGCCGAACAACCUUGGUCACUGCAGGCCGGCAAGCUACCAACACGCUACUCGAGGCUGGUGAAGACUAACAUUGGGGAUGUCCGUCAACUCCUUUGUGGACCGACCCCUGAGUCGUAUCAACCUCUGCCACGAACCGAAGGAGAGUUCUCGGUGCGUAGGAUCACGAUAAACGAUGGGCGAGGGAUCUGCCUUACCGUUCCCUGGAAGGGACUUUUCAACCAAGGGAUGUUUCUCGAUGAAAUGGACAACCCGACCAUCCACCGCGUCAUCAAGACCGUUUACCGUCCAAUCACCGAGAGCAUCGCCAAGUCCGCAAACCGGUACGCCCUCACCCAUCUGGACUCGUCCCUAUUCAUCGCCUCUCCGUGACGACAUCCCCGCUAACAACCUUUCCUAGGACAGGUAACAACCUCUUUUUUUGGGCUAGUUAGACUUUAAACGUUUUGGAAGCAGUUCAAAAUUCUUAUGUUUAUUUUUUUAUAAGUAGU